GUUCUGCUCAGCGUAAACACCAAUCAUAAUGCCAGCUGCCGAGAUCACCAUCGAUGCUCGACUGUUCCACAGGAGGGCUAGAGGGCUUGUCAACCACUGGAAGAAAUCAAAUGGACUCGAGGACUCAUUCCAGAAUGUGGGCUCGCUUCUUGUUAUUCUGGGUAACAUGAGUGAAGAGGACAACAUGUACCAGAAGACCACAGCAAUGCAGAUUUGGCUCUUUGGAUAUGAGCUUACUCAGACAUUGAUGCUAUUUACACCUGAUGCUCUACAUGUUGUCACAGGAGGCAACAAAGCCAAGAUUCUUGAGUCGCUGAAGCAAUGGGAGGGUCCUCAGUUUCCCAUUGAGAUUCAUGUCCGCAGCAAAGACGAGGCCCAAAACGAAGAGAUUUUCAAGAAGAUGGUUGAGAUCAUUAUGAAGCACGGGGACCGUGUCGGCGUUUUUGCAAAAGACACACAGACAGGAACAUUUGCUACAUCCUGGAAGGCGGCCUUAGAAAACGCGCCGAAAACAAUUGAAAGUGUUGACAUGUCCACAGGUGUCGCCGAGGUGUUUGCCAUCAAGGAUGAUGAAGAACUAAGAUCAACCAAGAUGGCUACCAAGCUGAGCUCUCUUGUGAUGAAGAACUAUUUUAUUGAAGAAAUGACCCAGAUUAUCGAUGAGGAACGUAAAAUCACACAUGAAAAAUUUUCAGAAAAGACUGAGGACGCGCUUUUAGAUGAAAAGAUGUAUAAACGACUAAAGUUCCCAGCUGAUGCUGCUGCAGGGAACCCGGAAUGGUGCUACACACCUAUCAUUCAGAGUGGAGGCGAUUACGACUUAAAGACAUCAGCUGUCUCUAAUGAUAAAGAGCUACAUGCUGGGACAAUUAUCUGCUCUCUUGGUGUACGUUAUAGAUCGUACUGUUCAAACAUUGGUCGCACAUUCCUCAUCGAUCCCAACAAGACGCAGGAAAAGAAUUACAACUUCCUUCUGGAUGUACAGCGUAAAGUGCUAGAUGCCAUGAAGGAAGGUGUUUUGAUCAAAGACGUCUACAACCGUGCUAUAGAUUUCAUUCGAAACAGGAGACCUGAUUUGGAGAAGAAAUUUGUCAAGAAUCUUGGCUUCGGUACCGGACUUGAGUUCCGUGAAUCGAGCUACCUUUUGAGCAGCAAGAACACUAAAGAACUUCAACGUGAUAUGAUCUUCAGCGUAUCUGUCGGUUUUCAGGAUAUAGAAAACCCGAAAGCCGCGGACGAAAGAUCUAAAAAGUAUUCACUUUUAUUGAUCGACACAGUCAGAAUUACGACAGAAACACCACAAAUCUUGACUACAUGCGAUACCAGUUAUUCAGAGAUCUCUUAUUUCUUCAAAGAUCCAGCAGAGGAAGAGGAAGAACCAGUAAAAAAGGAGACACCAACACAUCAGCGCGCAGCCAAAUCAGCGGUUUUAAAUACAAAAUUCCGUAGCGAGCAAGAGGAAGCGAGUAAAGACCAGGCCCGCAAGGAACAUCAAAAAAUGUUGGCAGACCAGAAGCAAGCAGAGGGUCUGGAGAAAUACGGCGAGGCCGGAAGUUUAGUCAAGGACAACCAAAAAAGUGUGUUCCGCAAGUUUGAGAGUUAUAAGAGAGAAUCAGCCUUGCCAAAGGAGGUCGGCAGUCUCAGGAUUGUUGUCGAUCAUAGGAAUGACACUAUCGUACUGCCAAUAUAUGGACUUGCUGUCCCUUUUCACAUCUCGACAUUGCAAAAGGCCACCAAAACCGACGAAGGGGAAUUCUACUAUCUUCGCCUCAAUUUUAUCACACCUGGACAACCAGGAAAGAAAGAUGACACUCCUUUUGACGAUCCUAAUGCCAAUUUUGUGCGCGCUCUUUCAUUCCGUAGUGCUGAUGGUGCUAGAAUGACAGAGAUUUAUAACCAGAUCCUGGAGCUAAAAAAGAACGCUGUUAAGAAAGAAUCCGAACGCAAAGAGAUGGCUGACAUUGUGGAGCAGGACAAGUUGAUUGAAAUCAAGGGCAAGCGACCGCCCAGACUCCCCGAUGUCUUUGCUCGACCUGGCUUGGAUGGUAAACGUCCUGGAGAACUUGAGAUCCACUCGAAUGGCUUACGUUAUGUAUCGCCCCUCAGAAACGAGAACAGGAUCGAUAUUUUGUUCAACAACAUCAAACAUCUAUUCUUUCAGCCAUGUGAUGGGGAGUUGAUUGUUUUGAUUCAUUGUCAGCUCAAGAAUCCUAUCAUGAUUGGAAAGAAGAAGACGGAGCAUAUUCAGUUCUACAGAGAAGCUUCUGAUGCGCAGUUUGAUGAAACUGGAAAUCGUCGACGGAAGUACGUCUAUGGUGAUGAAGAUGAAUUGGCCUCAGAGCAGGAGGAACGCAGACGCCGUGCUGCUCUUAACAAAGAGUUUAAGCAGUUUGGCGAAAAAAUUCAGGAGCAGAGUGAGAAUAAGGUCGAGGUGGAUGUACCUUUCCGUGACCUCGCAUUUAAUGGAGUUCCUUUCAGGACAAAUGUUCUUUUGAAGCCAACACAAGAUUGCCUUGUCCAUUUGAGUGAAGCGCCUUUUCUGGUUAUUACAUUGGCCGAUGUCGAGGUUGUGCAUUUGGAGCGUGUGCAGUUUGGACUGAAGAACUUUGAUAUGGUUUUCGCCUUCAAAGAUUACUUCCAGACACCCAUCCAUAUCAAUACAAUCCCCGUGUCACAAUUAGAUAAUGUUAAAGACUGGCUUGAUUCUAUGGAUAUUGUCUUCUACGAAGGACCUGUCAACUUGAACUGGGGCCCCAUCAUGAAAACCAUCCAAGAGGACCCUGCAUCAUUCUACAAGGAUGGCGGAUGGUCAUUCUUGGCAGCAGAGUCGGAUGCUGAGGAGUCCGAGGAGUCUGGAUCAGAAUUCGAGGCUUCAGAGAGUGAUUUUGACGAGUCAUCGUCAGAGAGUUCAUACUCUUCUGAUGCUUCAAUGGAUGAUGACGGGUCGGAUGAAGAGGAUGAAGACGAAGAAUCUGGUGAAGAUUGGGACGCACUAGAAGAAAAGGCCAAAAGAGCUGAUGAUAAGAAAUACGGAUUCAAGCGUGAGGCCGAUUCAGGUUCAGAUGAUGAUCGCAAGAAGAAGCGCAAGCGAUAGAUACC